AAUCAGAAGCGCCGCAUGGCGCAGAUAAACCCGGUAAACAGGCUGCAGCCGGAGACAGAGGAGCAGCAGGAGGGCUGUUUACAUCCAGCGGAGGAGAGUAAAGAGGUAAAGGAAAUGGAGGCUCCAUCCACCUCACAGCAACAUGACCGCAGGCCCAGACCACAGGAAACCACUGGUGGGUUGUGGGAUUCGGUGAAAAAGGCUGCUUUCGUCAUCGGAUCAGGACUGUUCUUCCUCAUCGCUUUCCGGAACUCUGUGACAUGGCAUCUUCAGAGGUUUUGGGGAGCAUCUGGAGAUUUCUGGCAGACGCAGUGGACCAAGCUUUACGUCGCUUUUAACGGAAACGAGGCAGCCUUGUUCAUAUUCGGGACUAUGCUGGUUCCCACCUUCUCCUUCUGGCUGUUUAAUGCAUUCCUGAUGGUGGUGGAUACGACAGGAAAGCCCAGCUUCAUCACCCGCUACAGGAUCCAGACCGACAAGAACAAUCCGGUGGACCCGGUGAGGCUGCGACAGGCUGUGAAGACGGUUCUGUUUAACCAGGUGUUCCUGUCUGUGCCGCUGGUGGUUCUGACGUUCGUGUUGAUGCAGUGGCGCGGAGAACCCUGCGGCCCAGAACUACCCACGUUCCACUGGGUUCUGCUGGAACUGGCCAUCUGCGGCCUAUUAGAGGAGAUAAUGUUCUACUACUCACACCGGCUGUUCCACCACCCGACCUUCUACAAGCACAUCCACAAGAUCCAUCACGAGUGGACGGCGCCGGUCGGAGUCGUGUCUCUCUACGCUCAUCCGGUCGAACACGUGUGCUCUAACAUGUUCCCUGCUCUGAUUGGUCCUGUUCUGCUCGGUUCUCACCUGGCCACCACCUCUCUGUGGUUCACCAUCGCUCUGCUGGUCACAACCGUCUCCCACUGCGGAUACCACCUGCCCCUCCUGCCCUCGCCUGAGUUCCACGACUUCCACCACCUCAAGUUUAAUCAGUGUUAUGGGGUCCUGGGGGUGCUGGACAGACUCCACGGGACGGACGAUAAGUUCCGCAAGACCAAAGCCUACGAGCGACACACGCUGCUGCUGAGCCUGACGCCGCUCACCGAGAGCAUCCCCGACCCCCCCAAAAAAUCAGAGUGACCACCGCCGAGGAAUUCUACCGGACCAGACUAGAGCUGACACGAUCAACACUAUCAAUUACAUGAGCUACAUUUCACAUACGGAUCAGUUUCUCAGAGCCAGAUUAGGUUUAAACCUGGACUAAAAAGGCAGUACAAUGUUGAAACAACACUGGCACUGCAGUUUAGUCCAAGACUAGACUUAAUCCAUGUAAGGCAAUCCAGUUUAAGUCUAAAAAUGCUGCUAACGUUGUUAUAUAGAACAGCCCAGAGAAUGAACACCGACAAUAACACUAAAGUACUUAUUAUUACUUUUAUUCUGACUCUAAAUCUGAAUCUAAAACAAAGAUAGCUUUGCUGGACUAAGCAUUUUU